AGAACAAGAGGGCGAGAGAGAGAGAAACAGAGCGAGAGAGAGAGAGAAAUAUGAAACAACUCAUUUGCAGAGGAGUAAAUCACGGAAAACCCGUUUGAGAGCGCGACAGGGCUCCCGCUUUACAGCGCUAACACCGGAAUUGUGAUGCGCACGAGCCCUUCCUACUCUACUUCUUCUUCCUCUCCUGUUCCACCUUCUUCUUCCUCUUCUUCUUCUUCUUCUUCUUCUUCUUCUUCUUCUUCUUCGCUGGAGAUUUUAUGGAAUCGGUGUGAUUGUUGUUGUUGUUGUUGUUAUUGUUGUUGUGGUGGUGGUGGUGGUGGUGGCGGUGGCUGCACUGGCUGUGCCGCCGUUUCCGUUACUCACAGCGCUGUUGUGGCCGCGAGAGAGCGGGGAGAAAGACCACAACAACGGUGACCGACACCGGCGGCAGACCUGCCUCACUUUCUCCCAGUCUCCCUCCCCUCCGUCUCCCUCUGUGUCCGCGUGUGUGUCGGUGGGGUUUUUUUUUUGCCUCGAACCGCACAACACACGCAAAAAGGGAGGACAAAACAGAACCGAAAGCCGCCGGUCGUUUCCUUCAGCCCCGCCGUGACUCUGCCGAGCCGAAUACAAACUGAAACAACAACAAACAACAAGAGAAGAUGAGUUCAUAUUUCGUCAACUCGCUCUUCUCCAAAUAUAAAAGCGGGGACUCGUUACGCCCGAACUACUACGAGUGCGGUUUCGCACAGGACUUGGCCGGCAGCCGGCCCACCGUGGUGUACGGCCCGGGCUCCGGCGCUACCUUCCAGCACGCCCCGCAGAUCCAGGACUUCUACCACCACAGCGCCUCCACGCUGCCCAGCAACCCGUAUCAGCAGAGCCCCUGCGCGGUCACAUGCCACGGCGAACCGGGCAACUUCUACGGAUACGACGCCCUGCAGCGACAGACGCUUUUCGGGGCCCAGGACACGGAUCUGGUCCAGUACAGCGACUGUAAGCUCGGGGGCGCACCGGGGAUCGGCGGCGAGGACGCGGAGGGAACAGAGCAGAGCCCCUCACCCACGCAGCUGUUUCCCUGGAUGAGGCCGCAAGCUGCGGGCAGGAGGCGUGGCCGGCAGACCUACAGCCGUUACCAGACCCUGGAGCUGGAGAAGGAGUUCCUAUUCAACCCCUACCUGACCCGGAAGCGCCGCAUCGAGGUGUCGCACGCGCUGGCGCUGACGGAGCGGCAGGUGAAGAUCUGGUUCCAGAACCGCAGGAUGAAGUGGAAGAAGGAGAACAACAAGGACAAGUUCCCCAGCAGCAGGAGCGAGCAGGAGGCGGUGGAGCGGGAAAAGCGGGAGAAGGAACUGCGGGAGGGCAGCGGAAGUGGAGGAGAAGGUGGAGGAGGCGGCGGCGGCAGUGGAGGAGGAAGCUCGGUGGCGGUGGUCGCGGUGGCGGUGGCGGCGGGUCCACAGCAGCCCCCCGCAGUGAGUGAGGAGAACCCAUAAGCAAAUGUAGGGAGGAAAAUGGUGG